CACAUCUCCCUAUAUAAAAAGGAGCAUCUUCCGAGAUUGCAAACUGCAACUUUCUCGCUCCGUCUCAAAUGGCUUCAUUCACAUCUUCCAUAUUCUCUGUCAUGCUAACACUGGCUCUUUUAGCAGCUAAUUUUGAUACAACAGGUGCUCAAAUAGGGGUUUGCUAUGGAAUGCUCGGCAGCAACUUGCCUUCGCGGCCAGACGUGGUUGCGCUCUACAACCAGCGCAAUAUCCGCAGGAUGCGGCUCUAUGGCCCGGACCAGCCCGCUCUCCAAGCCCUUAGAGGCACCAACAGUGAGCUCAUGCUGGGCCUUCCCAAUGAGGACCUCCAAAGGAUUGCCUCUAGCCAAACCAAUGCAAACACUUGGGUCCAAAACAAUGUGAAGAACUAUGGCAAUGUCAAGUUCAGGUACAUAGCAGUUGGCAAUGAAGUGCAGCCUUCUUCUCAAAAUGCCCAGUUUCUCGUCCCUGCCAUGCGAAACAUCCAGACUGCCAUCUCGAACGCCGGACUCGGGGCCCAGAUCAAGGUUUCCACAGCUGUGGACACGAUCAUCUUAGGAGAAUCGUCUCCUCCAUCGAAGGGCACACUUAAGUCCGAUCACAGACCGCUUCUAGAUCCUAUAAUCCAAUUCCUAGUCAACAACAAGUCCCCUUUGCUUGUCAACCUCUAUCCGUACUUCAGCUAUGCGAACAAUCCCCAGGAACGCCUUGACUAUGCUCUGUUCACGGCGAACUCGGUCGUGGUGCAAGAUGGACCACUUGGGUACCGGAACUUGUUUGACGCAAUUCUAGAUGCUGUUUACUCUGCACUAGAGAAAGCCGGUGGGGGGUCCCUAGAAGUGGUUGUGUCGGAGAGCGGUUGGCCAUCUGCUGGCGGGAAGGCAACGUCCAUUGACAACGCGAGAAUCUACAACUCGAAUUUGAUUCAGCACGUGAAGCAAGGGACUCCCAAGAAGCCUGGAAAGCCAAUCGAAACUUACAUAUUUGCUAUGUUCGACGAGGACCAGAAGACCCCGGAGCUUGAGAAACAUUGGGGGCUCUUUUUCCCCAAUAGACAGCCAAAAUACCCUAUUAAUUUCAACUAAUGGGUACACACCGACUUGUAUUAAGGAAUAAGGGCACACCUAUCGUGAGCUCAAUGAUGUUAAAAUAAGAGAGUUGCUGCAGUAUGUAACAUGCAAAAACAGGAAAGAAGAGAAAAUGGCAAUCGCAAUAAAUCACGAAAGUCUCAUAUAAUUCUUCCUCUAA